AAUUUGAUUUUCGCUUACAAUUAGCGGCGUCUUGAAAAGUCAUACUUUUCGUUUCAUUUUCAUACGUUCAAAAGUUGAAAACUAUUGACUACAAAAAGUCUCGCUCUUGUAUACUACAGAUUUCUUGUGUCGGAUUCAUUAUCCGAUAGGUUAAAAUUUGGGGUACUAUAUGUCGUAUAUAUUUAGUCAAAACAGCGCUUCCUACACAAUUUGGAUUAUGAGUUGGGACAUGCCAACUGCACAUUGUUUUCCGGUAAGACAGUUUCGAAAGGUGGUCAAAGUAAAACAAGUGUCUGACUGUCAUAUUGUGGAAUUAUGGAGGAGAGUAUGGAAAAGAGCGAAGUGAUUCAUAAUAUUACACAAGAUGUAUAUCAGAGAGUUGUUGAUUUGGGGCCUCAACUUCGCGAGUUCACGUCCUUCGCUAAGCAGUAUCACAAAGCUUUGCUAGGUGCGUCUGUUGCGGCUAAUAUUUUCUACCAAGGAUUUGCUAAAAUCGCGCAUUUGGCAUCGGAAACGAAGGGAUCCAACAAAAUGUUGGGCAAAGCCAUCUGUGAUAUUAUCGCGGUGCACAAGCAAAUCGAAAGCCAAACCAACAAUGUUUUGAAAGCUUUCGCUCAAGACUUCAUUGUGCCUUUGGAAAAUUGGAUCGAGAACAGCAUCGUUCAAACUAAAGCCAGACAGAAAACUUAUAUUCAAGAAAGCAAAAAUUCUUUAGAGCUGGUCGAGAAGUCCAAAUCUGAGCUGACAAAAGUGCGGAAAAAAAGUCAGCGAAGCAAAACAAGCGAAAAAUACGACGGGAAAGAAAAACAGAUAUUGGCAGCCUUCGAACAACACCAGGGAAAAUUAGAUCAUUUGAGAGUAUCUGGCUGUCACGAGGCGAUGAAUGCACAGAGAAACGUCUUCUCUUUCAUAAUUGAGAAAAUGUUGUGUGUAUCAAAAAUGGAUUUGGCUCACCACGAAAAGGCCUCCAGUCUUUUGAUUGCCCGUUUGCCAGUCUGGGAUCAUUUGACAAAACAACCACUAUCGCUCGAUGUUAACGUUAUUUCUCUAGUAAAGCAACUGACGGAGUGCAAAAAAUUUGAUAAAAGUUUGGACGAGUACCUUUCCUCAUCUGGUUAUUCAGUUGAUAUGCAUAAAGCACCAAGUCCACCUCCGAUUGAUCCCGAUCGAAUCCGAAACAAGAGGUUUUCGCAGCAGUUGAGUGUUACUCCAAUCACGAAUGGGCAUUUGAAGGACAAGGAAAGAGAGAACAGGGGAAAAGUGCGGGCCAUUUAUCGUCACCACGCGGCGGAUUCAACCCAACUAUCAUUUGACAAUGGAGAUGUGAUUAAAGCAUUAACUACAGUUACAUCAGGAUGGCAAUACGGCGAAAAUACGAGGACGAUGAAGUCUGGAUGGUUUCCCAUCGCGUUUACAGAAAAAUUCACCGGAAGUGUUGCCUUCAGUGUCAGUCCCACGCAUUCAUUACCUGCCCUAGUUCCAGUUCAUUCGCGUCCUUCAGUGUUGCCCGAAUCCCAUGACUACCCUUCCAAUUCCGAUAGCCCGGAUGGACUGGUAAUUCCCGAGAGAGAUUAUGGAAUACCACAAGCGGAACUCAACGGAAGAGUUAACAACAAUUAUGUUGUAUUAAAACGCAACGAUUCUCAAUCAUCUGGCAUUCAGUCGUUAAACAACUCUGCAUCAUCAUUGGAGAGUUCGACACAUGAGAAAGACGCCAUAUUUAUGCCGCCGCCACCACCUCCUCCCCCACCCCCACCAAUACUAGAAGAAGAUACACCCAAUGGAUUUCCACCACCUCCCCCUCCGCCAAUGCCUCCUGUAUCUGGAUCUUUUGAUCAAGCUCUGUAAUGAGAUAGCGAGAAGAUGGAAAGAUGCGGGGAGUUUGGCUUAUGUACGGACUAAAAAGAAGAAACGAGAAUUGCUAUUCCUUCAAAUAUACAAAAUCGACGAUAAAAUAUGGCUAAUAUAUAAAAAUGAAAAGAUAACGCUUAUACGUAACAUAUCUAUUAGGUUUCGCCGUUCUUUAUCGAUCACGGUGGAGUUUAAAUUCAUCAUUUCAUCACUUAAAUUUACGGGAUUUUAUGAAGAUGCAGACAAUACAGAGAUAUAUAUAAAGUAAUUUAUGUGUUUGUUUAAAAUGUAUUAAUUUUAUAACGUAGAGAGGUAUUGGUAUUUUGCGUUUUAAAUAAUUAUUAAUGGAGAACUGUUAAAUCAAUUGCGACCGUUGAGAAUAUGCUAUUAAAUGUAAUUUUGUA